AGCUAACUUCCUCGAAGUUAACGUUUCAAUCAAUGUCACUUUAACAAGUAUCUGUGUCGAUAGUAAACACGUUAGUUCUAAAAAAUGCCUCCAAAGAAAAAAGGCGGUGGCAAAGGAGGUACCGGGAACAUAAUCGAUGGGGUUGAUACGACGCAGAUGACCAGAGAACAACUUGAAGUGUUUUGCCACAGAAUCAAGGAGGAGAAUGAACGAGAACGAGAAGAACGCAAUUUCUUCCAAAUGGAAAGGGAUAAAAUCCGGACCUUUUGGGAAAUCACCAGAAACGAGCUUGAGGAAGUUCGUGCGAAACUGAGGAACAAAGAUAGGCAGAUUGAAGAAUCCACAGAAAAGAACGAGGACGAACUCAAAUUUUACAAACAAAAAGUGAAACACCUUCAGUACGAACAUCAAAAUAACUUGACGGAGUGCAAAGCAGAAUCACUGGUAUCACUGAAAUUAGCUCAAGAUGAACAUUCCCAGAAAGAACGCGAACUUCUUCAAGACAAACGGGAUCUAAAAGCACUAGCUCGGGAAACUGAACUGGCUCACCAAGAUCAGACUAAGGCACUGAAGUUGCAGCACAGCGAAGAAGUGAGCAAGGCACGAAACGAAUUCGAAAACAAGGCCAAAGAACUAGAAGCUAAGUAUGAGAAGAAAUACACCGAAUUGAAGGUCCAGCUGAACGCAAAACACGACAUGGAAAUAUCGGAAGUGGAAGAACGAAAGAACCUCCACAUCUCCGAAAUGAGCAAAAAUCACGAAAAGGCAUUCAACGAAAUGAAGAACUAUUAUAACGACAUUACUUUGAAUAACCUUGCCCUCAUAAGCAGCCUGAAAGACCAAAUGGAGGUGCUGCGGAAGCAGAACGAGAGGAUGACCAAGCAGGUAGCCGACUUAACUGCUGAGAAUAAAAAACUCCUCGCCCCGCUCAAGCAAGCUCUAGAUGACGUCAAGGAGUACAAGCGACAGCUACAGAACUAUGAAAAGGACAAGCUCUCGCUGGCUAAUACCAAAGCCACCUUGGCGCAGAAACUGAAGGAGUUAACAGACUUGAGAUGGUCUUACGAUGCGCUAGAGCUGCGAUUCGAAACUCUCCAAAGAGAAAGAGACGAGCUCCACAACAGGUUCGUUAAAGCAGUAUUGGAAGUGCAACAGAAGACCGGAGUGAAGAAUAUGUUGCUACAAAAGCGCAUACAGACCCUCAGUCAAGUUGCUGAGCACCGAGAGAUCAUUAUCGGAGAACUAAACGCCUCAUUACAACAUCCUCCACUUAGAACUAAUCAGAAACUGGAGGACAUUUUGACGAAAAAGAACGCCGUGAUUAGUGACCUGCAGUACGAGUUAGCCAGAGUUUGUAAAGCUCAUGAUGAUUUGUUGGAGACCUUUGAGGAGAAGCUUGUGCAGUAUGGAAUUCCCAAACAGGAGCUAGGAUUUACACCGCUUCGUAUCAUCCCGGACGGCCAAGGAGGUUUGGCUAGAGGUCCUGCAGGGUUGGUCACGGAAAACCGGUGAGACGAUUGAUUUGUAAUGUCCUUAUUAGUAUAUCUUUUGAUAUACUGAAGAGAAUAAAAAUUUUAACACGA